CGAUUUCGUGUGAAAUUUUAUACAUCCGAUCCACAAAAUCUUCAUGACGAAUUAACACGGUAUUUGUUUGUACUUCAACUUAAAGAUGAUAUUCGUACAGGAAGAUUGGAGUGUCCGUCUGGAUCAGAUGUGGAAUUGGCUGCAUUAACUAUGCAAGCUGAACUAGGUGACUAUACAAAAGAUGAACAUUCAAUUGCAAAUAUAUCUGAAUUUCGUUUUCAACCUAAUCAUAAACAAACAGAAGAAUUUGAAAAACAAGUGUCAGAAAAAUGGAUGACAUACAGAGGUUUAACACCAGCUGAUUGUGAAGUUCAAUAUUUAAGUAAAGCACGUUGGUUAGAAAUGUAUGGUGUAGAUUUACAUACAGUUAUGGGUAAAGAUGGUUUAGAAUAUAAACUUGGUUUAACUCCAACUGGUAUUCUUGUUUUUGAAAAUAAAAUCAAAAUUGGUUUAUUUGUUUGGUCAAAAGUAACAAAAAUAGAUUUUAAUCAUAAUAAAUUAACCAUUGUUGUCGUGGAAGAUGAUGAUAAUGAUCCACGUUUACAACGUGAUUUUGUCUUCUUAUUUCGUUGUUACGAUGAAAAACAAUGCAAACAUUUUUGGAAAUGUGCUUUAGAAUAUCAUGUAUUUUUUCGUACAACAUCAGCAAAUAAAGCAAAACAAGGAACGAAAUCAACUUUUGCACGUACUGGUUCACGAUUUCGAUUUAGUGGUCGAACUGAAUGUCAAACAGCUGCAUUAGGGAAUUUAACAAAUCAUAAUAUGAAUUUUGAACGUAAAGCUUCACAACGUUUUUCACGUCGUGCAUCAUAUGCAAUAAGAAAAAAAAUUCAAGAACAAGAAAUUCUACGUGAACAAGAAGAUGAACGUUUAAGAAAAUUAAAAUCUGAACAAGAAGCAAAAUUAACAGAAUUUAAAUCUCAAAUAAAUUCAUCCAAUCAUGAUUUGACCUCGAUUUCAAAGCGUUCAUCAGCAAUAUCAUCAUCAUCACAGAAGAAUGUAAAUCUAUCAGCUGCACAACGUUUAGAUAAUCUUAUUCAAGGAGCUCCGACUGAAUUAUCAAUCGAAGAAAAUGAAUCACAAAUAAAUUUAACAAAUCUUUCUCCGCCACCAGUUCCUCCUCGACAAAGCAAACCUGAUGAUAAAGCAACACCACCACCAUUGAAUCUUCCCAAACAAACAAUUUCAAUAUCUUCUUCGUCAACGAAAGAAUCAUCAAAUGAAGUUAUUCCUAUAAAUCGUCAUAUUGACGAUGAUAAUGAACAAACAUUAUUAAUUCAACUAUCACCACAAAAAUCUCCAAUAACCCUAACAAAUGGACAUAAUCAAAUAAAUUCGUCACGUAUGGCUAAAAUGAACAGUCUUCCGAAUCGAUAUGUUUUAGCAAAUAGUCAACCAACACCUUAUGUAGUAAAACAAACAUCUUCUGAUGAUUUUGAAAUGAAUAAAACUAGUAGUAGUAGUAAAGAUAAUAAUCAUAAAUUUCCUCUAUUCUUUUCACCUAUAUCGGAAUUAACAUCAUAUGAUAUAAAUCGUGCAUCAUAUGAUAAUAUUCUAAAUUAUUGUCUUAAUCCAAUGAAUGAAUCGAAUUCAAUAUAUGCUAAAUUUAAUUUUCAUCAACGUAAUAAUUCAUCAAAUAAAGAUAAACAAUUUGAACAACGUUGUGCUAAUUAUGAUAAUUUAUCAUAUCUUGUUAUUGAUGGACCAUCAUCAUCAUCAUCGAAAAAAUUCUUAAAUAGAAAAAUAGGAAAAAUAGCUUCUUGUAAAGAUUAUUUCGCUGCUACUACUGGUUUUAGUUUUAAUGAGAAUGGACAACAUAUAUCAACUUCUAUAGCUCCUGUUAUAGUAACUCGAACAUUAAGUCAAUCAAAUGUUCGUAAUGCAUCAUCAACAUUAGUUCAAACAACAAAUACAACAUCUUCAAUAUCAUCUCAAGUUCAUUCUAAUAGUCCAUUAAUAUUAAAUCAUUCACAAUUUUAUCAUCCAAUAACAACUGAAUUAUAA